CACCUCCUCCCCUUUCCCUGUGUACAACACCACCCAUCGCAAAACACAACAACAACAAACACAUAACAAUGGAACGCCUCCUCCUCCUCAUAGCCUCCUCUCUCCUAAUGUUGCAGCUGGUUGCAGUUGGUAAUGCAGCGCUGACGUCAGAAGAGUAUUGGCACAGGGUGAUACCAGACACUCCCAUUCCCGCCCUUAUUCGCCACUCCCUUUACCCCUCAAGUACUUUGAGCGAAGAGAAGGCAACGGACGUGAGCGUGGGGAAGGGCGGGGUGCAUGUAGGCGCGACCCAAGGCAAGCCAAGCGGCGGCACCUCUGUCGAUGUGGGGAAGGGUGGGGUGCAUGUGGCUGCACCCAGCAAGCAGGGCGGUGGCGGCACCACUGUCAACGUUGGGGGCAAGGGACAAGCAGGCGUCGGAGUGAACGUGCCCGGCAAGCAGGGGAAGAAACCGGUGGUUGUCACCGUAAAACCCGGCAAGAAUCCCUUCGCCUACAAUUACGCUGCAACUGAGGACCAAGCACAUGACGACCCCAACACUGCCCUCUUCUUCUCAGAGAAGGAUCUCAAAGCCGGCAAACACUUCACUGUCGACUUUGGAAUCAAAGUCACCCAAGAGCCCAUGCCCACCUUCCUGCCCCGCCUCGUGGCCGACGCGCUACCCUUCUCGUCGUCGAAGCUGACCAACAUCCUCAACCGCUUCUCGGUGACACCUGGUUCUGUCGAAGCCGAGGCCAUGAAGCAGACCCUCGCCGAGUGCGAGGAGCCUGCCAUCACAGGUGAGGCCAAGCACUGUGCCACCUCCCUCGAGUCCAUGGUCGACUUCGCCACCAUGCGGCUCGGAAAGGAGGUCCGCGUCAUGGCCACCACCAUCACAGCACCAGUCAAUAGACAACCAAAGAAAUACACGGUGGGAAGCGGCGUGCACCAGGUGGUGGCGCCCAAGUCCGUGGCCUGCCACGCCCAGAACUACCCCUACGCAGUGUUCUUUUGCCAUGAAGCCACCGCUGCCCGUGUGUACAGGGUGCCUCUCCUCGGCGGAGCGGGGAGCACCGAGGUGGACGCGGUGGCGGUGUGUCACCUGGAUACCUCAGCAUGGAACCCUGACCACGUGGCCUUCAAGGUGCUCAAAGUGAAGCCCGGGUCCGAACCUGUAUGCCAUUUUCUGCCCCAGGAUCACUUGGUGUGGAUCUCCACCCCAUGAUCAUCAUCCUGAGUCUUAUCCGAAUACUCAUAAGCAUCAUAUCUCCACUAUCAUACACCACCUCGUACCCGGGCUUUGAUUGUGUGUGUGGUGUUUAGCUACAUUUCUGGUUGAUUUUAGAAUGUGUUCUUCUUUCCCCUCUUUGCUUUUAAAUUUUUCUUCGUGUACCCAUUGUUUAUAUGUGCAUCCCCAUGUAAUAAAAGCGGUGCAUAUAAUAGAAUAUACUAUAUAUAGGUUUUCUUGACAUUG